UUUUGGAGGCAAUAACCUACUUGUACAUUGUGUUUUAAUGACAUUCAUGCCCUACUUACAUUGCAUCGUUUAUUUCCUAUUCACAUCAAAAUUUGUUGUUUGCCUGUUGGAAUGUCAAGGAUCUGGCUGCUUUUAUUUUCUGCCUCAAAGUUUGUGAAUUAAACAGUAACAAAGAUGGCAUGUGAUUGUUCAACUACUUGGGUUAGUAUUCCAGAGCAAUGUGAUUUGUGCGAUGAACCCACUUUUUGCCGGUGCAGUGAAUGUCAAAUCAAAUUGUGCAGGUCUUGCUCAAAAGAACACCAUUCUCAGGAGUCAACGCACAAUAUUGCACCCUAUUUGACCGAUAAAGGUGAAAUUAAAAGUACUUCCGUUUCCUGCAGAAUUCACUUCGACAAAAUGUGUGAGCUUUUUUGUCAAGACUGUGAGGCUCCCGUUUGUCAAGAGUGUAUUACAACCGGCCAACACAACUACCACGAGCUGAAAAAUACUCAAGACUUACUGCAUGAAAAGAAGAAAACAAUAGAACGGGACACAAAGGAAAUGGAAAAUGUUCUUGAAACCGAACUGAUAAACAUUCGAAAACGCCUUGGAGUGCUUGUUUCAACCAGUUCGUCAAAAUAUGAAGAUUUAGAAGAGAUUGUAGUCCAACAUGGUAAAAAAUGGCACGACGCCGUUGAAAAGGUCAUAGAAACGUACGUCUCUGAAAUCCAACAGAUGAAAACUGGAGAAAAAGAUACCCUGCGUCAGUUAACAAUGGAAAUAGUUAAUCUAAUAUACAACACAGAGAGAAGUGUGAAAUUAAACAAAGAAAUGUUAAAAGUAUUCGAAGCCGAGAAAAUUCUGAAGUACAAAACUAAAGCUGAUGAUAUUCGAAGUAAAAUUCCUGAAAUCAAUGUUCCAAACCCUUCGUUUACUGAAUUUGAAGUCGCUGAAAGCAAAAUAGUGCAUGAAAAUUUUGGAGUUUUAAAAACUAAGGUGAUGUCUAUUGAUGACGACAGAAGAAACUCUAGAGAACUACAUGUAGUGCAAACAUUCUUAGAGCACUCAUUUCCUAAACUUAUGGAAAAAAUGACCCUGUUAAGUUCCAUUGAAACUGCCCUAAGCGCAGUUUAUUCAUUGUCAUGCAUGGAAAACGGCGAGUUGUGGGUCCAUGGAACAGACAAUUCGAUUAUGCGAAUAGACAGGAAUCACAGGAAAUUAGAAAGAAUCAAAACAAUGUCUUUUGAUGGAAACGUUGGGAUAACGUUGAAACAAGAGGGAGAACUUGUAUACACGGAUUUUGAAGACAGAAGCGUGAACAUCUUGAAGAAGUCACAGACUCAUGCAGUUAUAAGAUUGUCAGGAUGGAAACCAAGGGACGUUUGUGCGACAUUGGAAGGGGAUUUGCUGGUCAGUAUGAGCAGUGAUGACGAGAAAACAGCAAAAAUUGUAAAGUACAGAAACACAAAAGCCUUGAAAGAGUACCAUCAUGAUCUCAGAGGUCGGCCAUUGUUUCCCACGGGAGACACAGCUCUUCACGUGACAGAGAACAGGAACUGGGACGUCUGCGUGGCGGUAAGCUCUGCGCAAGUGGUCAUCGUGUUAAACGGAUUAGGGGCCGUCAGGUUCAAAUACAGCGACAAGUCUGGAAAAAAAGAGUUUCGUCCAAUGGGCUUAGCGACCGAUGGCCAGUGUCAUAUUCUGGUGACCGAUUAUUUCAACAGUCGCGUGCACGUAUUAGAUAAGGAUGGAGAACUGUUACGUAACAUCGAAGGACACGGCAUUUAUCUGCCCCUAAGUGUGUCUGUCUGCAAUUACGAUACCAUAUACAUCGGUGACAGCACGGGCAAAAUUAAGCAGAUACAGCACUUGAAAUGAAGAUGCUUCGUGAAGUAUGAAACAUUUUCUGACAUGUUCAUAUUGUAGAUUUGCCUCUACUUGGUUCUGCAAAUUAUAGCACCCAACAAGGAUGUCUUACGGAAGUAAAAUUUUCUGUGUCAACCAAAGAACGGCAGACCUAUCACGUCCAUCUGAUUCACCCUAUCACAAGGAAGCCUGCCUGAAAUGAAUUAAAAAAAAACACUUUUAUUAGUAUUUUUUUACCGACUGUCGCCUUUAUUAAUAUACGUACUUCGAAUUUAUAAAUAAAUAUAAUUCUUUUAGUUCUAUUUUGAAAAUGCCCACUCUACUAACUGCUAGCCAUAAGUGAUGGCAUAUUUUCUUGAAAGGCACAUGGAACAUGCGCGGAUCUAGAGGGGGGGUCGGGGGGGUCCCGACCCCCCUGGAAAAUGAAAAUUUAUUUAAUUUACAUAGUAAAAUUAUCGCGAAAAUAUGCCUCGGACCCCCCCUGGCAAACACAAUUAUCCUUCGGACCCCCCUGGAAAAAUUUUCUGGAUCCGCGCAUGUGGAAGGCACGGAGAAAUACAAAAAAAAUCAAAGAGGAAUAAGACUUGAUUUUUUCGACCCACUUCAAAAUAAACCAUAAAUCAAUUCUAACUUAAAUAAGUUUGUAUAAUUUGAUAUAAUUCAUAAUUCAGUAUUUUACAUGUAAUAUAGUAUAGCGGUGUUGGUUACAGCAUCAACUUGUGAUCUGUACGUCAUGAGUUUGACCCCAGAUGUAAUAUACAUAUAUUGAACAAUUUUUGACCAAAAAAAAAACACAGUGUAAAUCCAUAUGACAUCUUGUAAUAUUUUGUAAUUCGUUCACUGUGAGAUUACUGUAAAUUCCUUAUUUUACGCGAGUACUUAAUUCCGCGAUUCAACCCGUUUACCAUCAAAUCGCGAGAAAAAAAAACGCAAAUGCCGAAUUUUUAUCAUAGUUUUUUGUAAUUAACAAAUAUCCGGAAAACAUGUGAAUUUAAGUUUUAAAAUUCGCGAGAUGUGCUUCUCGCGAUUUUACGCGGAUAUUAAUUCCUCGCGUUAAAUUAGGAAUCUACAGUAUGUUGUGCUUUGUACGCACUGUAUUUUCAUUCGUCCAAUUCUACCUUAAGUCUGUCGUGUGUGUGACAUUUUACUCAAGUACUAUAGGGACUGAUUAUACACCUGGGAUCUCUGACUGAUGCAAUGUCACCAAUUUCAUACAUGUAUGAGUGAUAAAGUAUUGAAGGUGAACUCUUUCUGUCAUAAUCACCUGUUUUUUGAAAAACAUCGAAAAAUGUUAUAUUAUUUCAAGUUUAUGUACAUAGUUCAUGUUUUUAAAAUAAAAUAACAACUUUUUGUUUAAACUUUG